CCCUAUUGCCUUCGCUGUCUAUAUUCUAUCCUCCACGCCUGGAAAAUCUCUUCCCCCCUCUCUCUCCAUUCUUUCCGCGUGCCAACUACGCUUCCUUCUCCCCCCCCUUUCCUCUUUUCUAGAAGAGGGAAGAAGAAGAGAUCAGAGAGCAAAGCGGCGAUCGAUCGAUCGAUCAAUCGUAAAUCGGAGCGGCCAUUGGUGGCCUCCUCCUCGUCCUCUUUUUCAGUGAAACCCUUUUUUUUUUUUUGGAAGUUUUUUAGGUUGAAUUGGAGCUGGUACGGUGAAUGUGAGGUUUGAGAGCAGGUAAUUGGUGGGAUUAGGGUUUUGGUAAGGGGGGAUGGGGGCGGGGGUGUCGAGCAUCAUGGGGCCAGAGGGGGACGGGGGAGGACACGAGACGGGGCUGGGGGACCUGCCGGAGAGCUGCGUGGCGGCGGUGCUGCUGCACCUCGACCCGCCGGAGAUCUGCCGGCUGGCGCGGCUCGGCCGGGCGUUUCGGGGGGCGGCAUCGGCGGACUUCGUGUGGGAGACGAAGCUCCCCAGGAACUAUCGGUGUCUGAUGGGGCUGGUGGAGAAUGAGAAGAGCAAGAAGAGGCAUCUUAGCAAGAAGGAAAUCUUCGCCCGGCUGUGCCGGCCAAAUCCCUUCGAUGGGGGAACCAAGGAAUUCUGGCUGGAGAAGCGUAGGGGUGGUCUUUGCAUGUCGAUUUCUUCAAAGGCUCUGUUGAUUACGGGGAUCGAUGACCGGAGAUACUGGAAUUACAUUCCCACGGAGGAAUCCAGGUAUUAAUCUUUUCUGUUUUUUAUUAAUAUAUGAAUCUAUAAUAUACCUUGCCCUUCUAAUAACGUGACCUGUGAGAAUUAAUAGGUAAUAGGAUUGCCUGAUGAAUUGGAGUUUGAAGUUAUCAGUAUUUUUACCUCAAUCAGUACUCCAAACAAUAUCUUAGCUAAAUCUAUUUUCUUCAUAGGGCCCUUGUUUGGAGCUUAAGUUCCCACAACUGUGAAGAUCCAUUAACUAGCAAGCGUUCUUCAACCUACAGAUGUUGUUUUGCCUCAUUUAAAGAAUAUUUUUGUCCAUACCUUAUCCUUGUGUAACUUUACCUUUGGUUUCUGGAAAACUCUAGGAUGUCCAUAUCCUUUUCAUUACUCAGCUCAGCAGAUCUUGUCUUUAUGCCUUCAGAUGCUUCUUACGGAAUUUUGUCCUGAUAUUAACUUGUUGAUGUGUUGUCACCACAAUAGAAAAUCGUGCACUUCUUGUGUAUCUGUAUGCAGCUGUUGUAUCUGUUUUCUUCACCAUGUACGACAAGGUUUCUAUCUUUAAACACGUAGCUGUUUGCAUUUUAGGGAAAAGCCAGAUGGUUUUGUGUCAGGCCCAGCAGUAUGGGGUUCCAUACUCUGCAUUGCUUUCCUUCUCCUUCAGGUCUCAUGCUUGUCUAGAAAUGUUAGAUCCAGCUUAGUAGGCUUUUUCUUUUUUAACUUUUUUAUCACCUUGCUAAGGCUGUUAGUAGUUUAAUGGAUUAGAUAUGCAAGUACAUCAGGGGAAACUGUUGUAUUGGAGCUGUCAUUGCUAUCGUCUUGCCUCUGUACUUUUGGCUUGUAGAGAAGUUUUGAAGCAUUUAUGAAUCUCUUUGACCAAUGUUGAUGAUUUAAUUCUUAAAAUGCUAGUUUCUGCCCUUUUUCUUCUCUUGUUGGCAAUUCCUAAAUUUGUUGCUGAACCCUUUGCGUGAAAUUUCUUUUCCAUUAUGGAUCUGUGUUCUCUCGUCAGGUUCAUUCUCUGGAUCUAAAGUCCAUUUUUGUGCAAUAACAUUCUUUGUGGAAGAUGAAAAGCGAGUCUAACUUCCCCUUUGCACGGGCUUUAUGGGGAAAAUGUUCUUGUGCUAAUUAAUGCUCUACUUUAGCAUUGUUUUGGUGCCCCCUCUAUAUUUGCCUGUUGCAGGAAGAUUAUGUGUUUCAUCGCCGGGCCAAUUUUUUUAAUAACCAAGCAUCAAUAUUUGCUUGACUUAAGACAGAAUAUCUUUGACAUAGACUUACCAUUUUUUUCUAGGAUGAAGUCACCUGUGAAUAUUUCUUUUUUCAUGUAAGUGCGCAAUAGCGUUACCUCAUUCAAUUGGAUCUACUCUAUGAAGCAGGCAUUUGUUCUUCUUUCAAGCAUCAAUUUCUCUUUGUUGUAAGACAUGGAAUACCUUUGACACAAAUGUUAACAUGCUGGUAUGACAAUGAAGUGAUACAACAUGAUAUAGGAUUUAAUAUGGGACCAUGUAAGCCUUCGUGAAUUAGAAAUAACAGACCGAUAGUGGAAGGUCAGAUAAAUCAAUCUUAUUUCCAUUCUAUAGUAUCAAAUACUUGACGUUGUAUUGGAUUAGAAAUUCUAACUUUUUGCUUGUGUUCUUUUCACAUUGAAUUCUAUAUCUGACUAUGUUGCUCUGAAGUCCUGUACACCUCCAUGUGCCACCAUGUCCUAGUUUUAAAUAGUGGACCGGAGUGACUGGUUCUUGGUCUUGAUGAGUAUCUUUAUCCAGUUUUUGAGUUUAUGAAGUUAGCUUUGAACACAAGUACCUGGGCUAGCAUGUCUUAAUCUUUUGAAAUUUACUGCAUUGCCCAUAUUUGUUUUUUUUCGGUCUUUUACCAAAUAAUGCACAAGUACGUUUUGUCUGCCACCAACUGGCUCUCCAUAUAUUGAUGCAAAACCCUCUUCUUUUUUUUUUAGCUAGAACAAACCCUCUCUUUUCCAUAGCUACUAUAUAGCCCAGAAUUUGUACUGACUCGCAAAGGCUUAUGUCAUGAAAAAGGGUCAAAUACUUGAUGAAUCAUAAAAUCUCAUCCUUUGCGAAUUAGGGCUUGUGAAACAAAUUGCUUACAAUGAAAUAAAUUCUGUGGUGAAUUGUCGAAAUAUUUACAUUAUAAGGUGAUUGUUAAUUAGUCAGAUGGAUUUAACCAAUGUUGAAUUGCAAACUAAAUAGUUGUAUGUCUAACUAACUGGAAUAAUCUUUGCAUCAUCGUUUUCAUCUAUCAUGGCAUGUUGAUUAUGAGGUCAGAAAAGUUGCUGCCACAUUAGAAAACAUUUUCAAUGGGAUUUGCUAAUUUUCCUCUCCCUAUCCCUCACUUUGACCUGCAAAUGUAGAUUGUCGCCAGUUGUCUUUUUGCAACAGCUUAGACGACCACUCGUGUCUGUAUUGUCCCAACUUGAAUUUUUGAAGGUGUUGAUUGGAUUAUUAAGAAAGGAAACACAAUAUAUUUUCCCGUUACAGAAUCAUUACACAUGUCGAUAAAAAGGAAGAAUAGCUUCA